AUGACAGGAUGGAGUGGACUGUUUAUAGAAGUCCCUCUGUAUAGAUUGGCAUUGGAAGUGUGUUGUCAUCUGUGAGGACCACAGGGAUUUCUUCAAAGAGCCUGCCAGGGAGUGAGCUGCCUGCCAAGGGACUCUAGAGCAGCUGGGAUCAUGGAGGAUAAAAGGAAGAACUCCAUCAGCCGAAGCCUUGCCCUGGGAGAAGUGCUCUGCAUGGUGGAUGUGGCCACGUGUGUGAAGUGUGGAAUCAUUUACAUGUUAUUUGGUGGUGCCAUCAACAAUCUUGGAAGUCCUGAACAUGUUACCAAGUGGUUUCAGCACCUCAAGGAGCAGACGUAUACUGGGAUGUUCGCAAUGACAGAGAAGGGCCACGGGAGCAAUGUGAGAGGGAUCCAGACCGAGGCCUCCUUUGACCUUGACAAUCAGGAGUUUGUGAUUGACACGCCGUGUGAAGAUGCCCAGAAGAUGUACAUUGGCAACGCCAUGCACGGGAACUAUGCUGCCGUCUUUGCCCAACUCAUCAUUGAGGGAAGGUCUCAAGGGCCCCACUGUUUCAUCGUUCCUAUCAGGGAUGAAAAUGGAAACUUGUAUCCAGGAGUGACAGCCAUUGAUAUGAUGCAUAAAGAAGGAAUGAAUGGUGUGGAUAAUGGAAUUUUGAUAUUUGACAAGGUUCGGAUCCCAAGAGAGAACCUGCUGGAUAAGUUUGGUUCUGUGACCCCAGAUGGACAGUACCAUUCACCCAUUCAAAGCAAGAGUGCAAGAUUCAACGCAAUGCUGGCAACGCUGACCCCCUCAAGAUUAGCAGUGACUUUCAAGGCAAUGGGCAGCAUGAAGCUUGGACUGACGAUAGCCAUCCGCUAUAGCCACAGCCGAAGGCAGUUUGGGCCCAAGGGCAAAGAGGAGGUGAAGAUCAUCGAGCACCAGAUGCAGACACUCCGGCUGAUGUCUCACCUGGCCACAGCGCUGGCCCUGACCUUCACCAGCAGGCAUGCGGCCUUUGUCCUGGAUGAAGACAUCUUCCAGGGGAGGGAGCUCAUCAACAGGCGCUCACUACAGGCCCUAAUGGCUGGGCUGAAAGCCUACAGUACCUGGGAGACUAUCAGCUGCCUCCAGGACUGUCGCGAAUGCACCGGAGGCAUGGGUUACAUGAUGGAAAACCGGAUCUCAGGCCUGAAAUGUGACACAGAUGUGUUUGUAACCUUUGAAGGUGACAAUGUAGUCAUGCUUCAGGUGGUGGCCCGGGAACUGCUGGCCCAGUACACCAAGCAGCAUAAGAAGAACCCAGUCUUGGGGCUGAUCCGGAACUGGACUGCAACUGUUGGUGACAAGCUGAGAACCAGUUUCCUGGCAUUUAACACUGACACAGUGGGCCAUCUUGCCUUUUUGCUGAAAGCAUUGAAUUUUCGAGAAAGGGUUCUUCAGCGGAGUUUGGUGUCCAGAAUUUACAAUAAGGUGGUAACCAAGAAGGAGGAUUUCUUCAGCGCCUGGAACUCCUGUAUGCACCACGUCACCUCACUGUCCCUGGCACACAUUCACAGAGUUGCACUAGAGCAGUUCUUGAUGGCAGUGAGGCGCUGUCCCAACAAGGAGGACCAGGCUUUGCUAAUGAAGUUCUGUCUGCUGUAUGGGACGAAGCUGGUAUUCCAGGAGCGGGGCUGGUACUUAGAACAUAAGUACCUGACUCCCACAGCCAGCAUGCGGAUCAGGGCUCAGUUUCUGGAUUUGUGCGAGUCCGUGAAGGAUGACGCCCUGAAGGUGACCUCUGCUUUCAACAUUCCACACACCAUCCUCCAUGCACCAAUCGCCGGAGUCCCCAACCCCCGGGCUGCCUGGGCCUUCUACCAGGCGCCAAAGCCAACGCCGGUGCGGGAAGGAGCUCGCUCCCAGCCGUCCAAGCUGUGAGCCCGGCUAUUGCCGGCACGUGGAGAAAUGUAGUGUCCGGUCCGCAGCCUGCCAUGGAGUUCUCUUCAAAUAGUUCCCAGAGCUGGAGCAGAGGCCGAAGUGGCAGGUGCAGGACCUUGGGGUUUUGGUCACGCAGAGGGGGAGAUCUGGCUAAGGCUGGAAGGUUCAGGACAGGUUGUCGGAGAGGAGACUAGGUGGAUACCCGGAGAGUACUAUAAUUUAUCCUGGUCUGGUAACCUCU